UGUUGUUGUUGUCGUUGUCGUCGAGUUCCCAUCGUUGAUAGAAAAGGGAAAAGUAAGUGAAUGAGUUGAUUUAGAGAGAGAGUUUGUGUGAGAGAAUAAGGUAAGAAGACUGAGGAUACUGAUUGAAAGAGAAAGAGAAAAGCAAAUGGCUUGACUGAUUUGAAUUAUUUGAAUUAGGGAUUUUUGAAUUAAAUCUGGCAGGUUAACUCGCUACCACCGCGAAGCGACUGAAGUACUUCGUAGGUAGAAGAAGGUUGAAAAAGAGGGGAAGAAGAGGGGUUUGCUUUAGUUUUUGUGUGUUGCUGGUGGGGUUGAUUUCAGAAGAAGGGCUUAUCACAUACGGUUAGCUGUGGUACGCUCGGCUACAAGAGGGUGUGUGUGUGUGUGUAUAAAGGGCAAAUAGAAGGGAGAAAAAAAAACGCGUCUUCUUCUCUUUGACAAAAGCCUGUGACCCGUGCACUUUUUUGUGAGAUGGUGGAAAGGUUGUCCUUGCGGAGCUUCUUGGUUUGUGCGUGCGUGUUGUGCUUGUGUUUGUGCAGAGCCUCAAUGAGUAUAGUGGAUCCUGGGCUGUUCCCUUCUUGCUGUGUGGUAUUUCAAGGUGGACUCGGGCCUCCGUUUGCUCAAAAGAAAGGGCCUUUUGGGGACUUGACUAAAAAAGAGGAACAAGAAGAGAGAAAACGAGAGGCAGGGACGGCAAAAGAAACACAAAAUAAGGGGGCCA